UCAAAAUCCCUCAUUUGGACCAUCUAUGUGCGAUGUUACAGGUGAUGAGACCAAAAGCCUGCUGGUGCCUGGAACAUCUUGGUGUCAUGCUACAUGUGUGUAUAAGUUGGGGCAGGACAGAGAAAAGCCAGCUGCUUUGGUCUCUGGGGAGAGACAGACCCCAGCAGGUCGAAUCGUCACGCACCAAAGCAAGCAGGAACAAAAAAAAAAGGCUGGAUCCUAUGGGAUGGACUAUUGGAAUACAAGUGGAUUUGAACCAGGCAGCAAACCCCAUCCCUACUCCAGCGUAAGCCAGGUCACUCAGAUGGUGAAGGAUUAUCAAGCAAGACAACCAUUUAUACACAUCGAUGUACAGAAAACCCAUGGACAGAAAUACCUACCUGAGAUACGACAGCUCACGCCCUAGAGCAUUAAGGUGGAAUUUACCCUACAGCCAGUUCCUUAGAGUAAAAUGUAAUUGCACCUCUCAUGGAGACUUUGAACAACAAUCCCUGAUUCUAAAAAAGAACUUAAUAGAGAGAGGCUAUCCAUAUAAAGUAGUAGAAGAUAACUAUAAAAAAGCUUCAUGCCAAAACCAUCCAGACCUUUCACAACCUACUCGAAGAGCAUCCUCUGAACGACUUCAAUGCCACCUGACCUAUGACCAUGUCACCAACAGGUUACAGAAUACCAUCCACAAAUAUUGGCACAUAGAACAGCACAUCCCUGGAUGUAUGGAGAAGCCGAUGAUUUCUUUCAAAAGAACUAAGAACCUUAAGGACAUAUUAAUAAGAAGCACUUUCAGAGAGAACCUGCCGCGGACCAGGACCAUAUCUGGCACAAAUGCCCCUGCAAGACACCAUGCCUGUGGGCACUGCACCUAUUGUAGAUAUACGCAGAAAAAGAAGGGGUUCACUAAUCCCAUUAAUCAGAAGGAAUAUAUGCUAAAACACUUUUCUACAUGUAAUACUCCCAACUUUAUAAAUAUCAUUCAAUGCAGCUGUCCAAAGCUGUACGUAGGACAGACCAGCAGAGUUCUAAAAAAACGAAUUGGUGAGCAUAUAAGCAACAUCAAGAAUAAUAGGGUGGGAGCUCCUUUGACUGAACAUUACAUCAAUUGCAGACAUUCUCUGACAGACUUCAGUUUUUGGGCGGUUGAAAAGGUAAACACACGAAGCACACACAUUUUACUAAGGAGAGAAUUGGCUUGGAUCUUGGAACUUGAUACUCUAACCCCGAGCGGCCUGAACGGUGAGCUGGAAUUACUUCCCCUCCUGUGAGUCUCAUACUUUAGAGACGUUCCCUUGCUUACAGCUGUCGUCUGUCUCUGGGCCUCAGAACCUGCAGGCAAUUGAAUGCAAAGAUUUAAGAUUGGGCUUGCGGCCAAGAAAAACACUUGUACAUUUUCCUCAAUAAAAAAGAAUCUUUGGCUACACUGCUUGAAAUCCCUUCAGAAAAAAGUUAUUAUUUUUUUCCUUCGGUAUGUGAGUACAACAUAUGAUGUUUGUUCCUAUGCUAUGUGAUAAAAGAAUGUAUGUUUCAAAUUAACAAGAUUUUAAUACAGAUAACAUGUUUGUAUGUUUUAAUCUCCAGCCCCUGACAAAGGCGGAAAUAUAACGUGGCCGAAA